AUGGGCGAUGAGAGCUCUUACUGCGGUAUUUGUGAUGAGCUGCUCUGUUCUUGGACGCUGCUCCUGCUGCAGAUGAACAGCAGCAAACAGCAAAAGCCUCUGCCUUCUAGUCGCUACGAGAUAGCUUCUGUGGGGCCGCUGUACACUGGGGUGAACGUACACCGCCCACAACUCCCACUCACCUCCUUUCGAAAUGAAAGGGGGAGGGUGCUUUUCCUGCAGCUGCAGCAGCAGCUGCAACAGCAGCUGCAGCAGCAGGUGCAGUAA